AUGACGGACGAAAGUUGGAUCGACCAAGACAAAACCAAAAGUUACGAAUUUCUUCUUGAACGUAUGGCCGGAGGAAGAAUGGCUGUAUACAUUAAGAAGUUCGAAAUACUCCAAAAAGAGACAGCCAACUCGAUCAUGCUCAUCGAUUGCGUGCCAGUCAUCAUGGACCUGAUCACUUGCGAUCUGAAUGUGGACAAAGCGUUACGACAGUCGUUGCUCCGUAGUCUUGUUCAAAUGGUUGUUUCGUCGGAAAAUGUUGUGCAAAAGCUCUCGGCCGCUUGGAAAACGGAUGUACUGUUGGGAAACCUGGUCCGAGUCAUGCGUGAACACGUCUUGACUCAAUACAAACAUUAUCAACUAUACACGCACAACGUGGUCACCGUGAUGAAGUGUUUGGCACAAGUCAUGAAAAACAACAAAGCUAAAGAAAAUAAGCUCAUCCAGACCACGUAUCUAGUGGGUAAGGACAGCUGCACUAUGUUGGAUGUUCUUCUGAAACCCAUGCAGUAUCUGGUAAACAUGAAUAAAAUGUUUAACGAUUUAGGAUUACUGUUGCUGAACACCGAGGACACGGACUAUGUAGGCGAAAUAAAGCGUUAUUUGACUCAGGUUUUCAACAAGAUUCAGAGCAAACUCGAUCUUGUGUCAGAAAUUAUUGAUCAAAUUGUCAAACGAUAUGAGAAACGGUGCGAGAAAAACAAAUCAGCAGACGAAAAAUGGAAGAAUUUAAAAGAAAAACUAAGACAAAUUUUUGAAGCCACCAUUGUUGCACCUUGCUCGUUUACAUUCAACUUAUAUUUAAAUUACUAUUUUCCUAACGAAGAACACGUCAAUGAGUAUUUGAACACUUUAAUUAAAACAUAA